UAAAUAACCCCACACACUUGUCCGGCCUCCUAAGACUCGCUACAUCUUCUUUCCAAAUCCCAACUACUACUCACACUCACUGCAGAUCUCAAUCCAUGGCUACCAUCGUUAGCAUCAAGGCCCGCCAGAUCUUUGACAGUCGUGGCAAUCCAACCGUCGAGGUGGAUUUGACAUGCUCCGAUGGUACUUUUGCUAGAGCUGCUGUUCCAAGUGGUGCAUCCACUGGGAUUUAUGAGGCCCUUGAAUUGAGAGAUGGAGGAUCUGACUACCUUGGAAAGGGUGUAUCAAAGGCUGUUGACAAUGUGAACACCAUUAUUGCCCCUGCUUUGGUUGGCAAGGACCCAACUCAGCAGACUGCUAUUGACAACUUAAUGGUUCAACAACUUGAUGGAACUGUUAACGAAUGGGGUUGGUGCAAGCAAAAGCUUGGAGCAAAUGCCAUAUUGGCAGUGUCUCUUGCAGUCUGCAAAGCUGGUGCUGCUGUCCUGAAAGUUCCUCUUUACAAGCAUAUUGCAAAUAUUGCGGGUAACAAAAAGUUGGUUUUGCCUGUUCCUGCUUUCAAUGUCAUUAAUGGUGGAUCACAUGCUGGAAACAAACUUGCUAUGCAGGAGUUUAUGGUUCUUCCCGUGGGAGCUUCCUCUUUCAAGGAAGCCAUGAAGAUGGGUGUAGAAGUAUAUCACAAUUUGAAGUCUGUGAUUAAGAAGAAAUAUGGUCAAGAUGCAGUAAAUGUUGGUGACGAAGGUGGCUUUGCCCCUAACAUCCAGGAAAACAAGGAAGGUUUGGAAUUGCUGAAAACUGCCAUUGCCAAAGCUGGUUACACAGGCAAAGUUGUCAUUGGAAUGGAUGUUGCAGCUUCUGAAUUCUACAAGGAAGAUAAAACAUACGAUUUGAACUUCAAGGAAGAUAACAAUGAUGGCUCACAGAAGAUCUCUGGAGAUGCUUUGAAAGAUCUAUACAAGUCAUUUGUGACAGAGUAUCCAAUUGUUUCAAUUGAGGAUCCUUUUGACCAGGAUGACUGGGAGCACUAUGCUAAGCUUACUGCUGAGGUUGGAACCAAUGUACAAAUUGUUGGUGAUGAUCUCUUGGUUACCAACCCCAAGAGGGUUCAGAAGGCAAUUGAUUCAAAAGCAUGCAAUGCUCUUCUCCUUAAGGUCAACCAAAUUGGUUCUGUGACUGAGAGUAUUGAAGCUGUCAGGAUGUCCAAAAAAGCUGGAUGGGGUGUCAUGGCGAGUCACAGAAGUGGAGAGACUGAGGAUACCUUCAUUGCUGACCUUUCUGUUGGUUUGGCAACGGGUCAAAUUAAGACUGGAGCUCCAUGCAGGUCAGAGCGUCUUGCUAAAUAUAACCAGCUCUUGAGAAUUGAGGAGGAGCUUGGUGCGGAAGCAGUGUAUGCUGGAGCUAACUUCCGUACCCCUGUUGAGCCCUACUAAAGUUUUCAAGUGGAAAAAACCUGGAGAUCCCCACGAGUUUGAGCAAUGAGAUUUGGAUGCGCGGUUUUAGUUGUGAUCAAUAAGUCGAUAGUUAGAACAAUAGUCUUGGUAUAAGGACCUUGCCAAUAAUUUUUUAGUUCUGAUUCACAGAGCUAAGACAGUUCCGUCUUAGACUUUAAAAGUUUUGAUAUUUAGCUUUAAUACUUGAAGUUUACUUCCAAUUUUAUGGGGUAUCCCCAAAACAUUUCAUACUCUUUGCUAUGUUAACUUUUUUCCCCUUGAUCCGUGAUAUUCCCAAUACUACGAUUUUAAGACUUGCGACCAA